GGGACCUUUUCGACCAAGAGUCGCUUCUCUCGUAGUGUUUAGAUGUUGUUGCUGUCAAGACAGAAUAUCACCGAAUUCCUUCAUAACUUCAGUCCACUGCUGCAUUUCAGAGAUAGAAAGUCGCUUAGCUGCAUUGCACACUCCGGGGUAGAAGCCAGUUGUUUGACAGAAGCUCCGAAGAAGACGGGCAGUUGGACUACAAACGGACACUGACGUCAUCACACGCAGCCCUCUCGCUUGACAAACAUUCAAAACCGUUGGCGGAGAAACUGACUGCUGUUUUCACUCCAAUGGCUCCUCGCAAAUUUGUCAUUAAGUGUGGGAAUUUUGCUGUGCUGGUGGAUCUCCACGUUCUGCCCCUGGGCGGCCAAGAGGACGCCAGCUGGUUUACUACGGACCACAUUGAGGAGGUUACAGCCCUGGUCCAAGAUGCUGUGGACCUGAGGGUUAAGCAGUACACAGAUUCCCUCCAUAAUAGAAGAGCGCUCAAGCACAAGAAGGAGCUAGCACCUGCUUCAGCCUUUUCUGUGAAAGGGAAACAGUUCAACCUGGUUGCCAAUUUUCUGAAGCGGCACUUCAACCUCAGAUGCGUUGUCAAGCAGCUCAAUGGUGAUUUGCGUGUUUUUCCUGAACGGUAUGUUGUGUGUGUGAGCUGUCCCGAGGAUGGCUCAACACACCAUGGAAACCCGAGCCUGGCCGCGACUGAGCUGAGUGAACAAAGCAGAUCAGAAUAUUUUUCCAGAGUGGGAGAAACCCAAGAGCCUUUAAACAGCUCCACAAAAACAAAGAAGACGGUGCUUCAAAAGAUAGCCAAACAGGCUGGUGUCCAGCAACAGCUCUAUGGUUCCAGUAUUGGGGAGCAGCAAAUUGACCAGAGAGCCCUUCCCAAAGACCGAAUGGGUCAAAUUAGACCUGGAGAGUCAGAAUCAAGCCGAAAAGAGAUUGUGUCCAGCUCUGGACACAAGGCCCUCCUCGAGGCAGACCACAAGGUGCCUUGCCCCAGUGUCAUAACUGAAGCCAUGGUUCAAGUUGGGACUACUCGAAAGCAGGGCCUGACCCAGGAACAGCAGACUGAGCAUAGUCCUCCAGACAGCAAAAAGCCAACUGGAGCCUCAGUAGUUUUCUGGGAACCAGAAAUCAGUCAGGAGACCAGCAAGAGCAAGAGGUGCAAGCUGAGCAACGCUGGGGAAGACCCUGACCCACAGAGGGCCAAGAGGACGUGCCUUGGAAGACCUCCAGCCACAAUGCAAACUCACUCCACGGAGUGCUCUACACAAACAUCCAAGCAUGACCUUCUUCCUCUGCCGCCCCUUCCUCCAGUCGAAGCCAAGGCAGAGUCCAAGGCUUUCCCAGUCUCCAAGUGCACGAAAACCACACUGGAAGUAGAGCUGCUUACGCCAGGGAAACGCGCCCAGAGGCUCCCCCUCACAAGCAAUAACACGGCACAGACAAACCAAAACAGGCUGGCCGCAAGUCUGAGGGGCCUAUCUGUCAAGCCGGCAUCCUCAGGCUCCUCUAUUAGUUCCAGAUCCACACUCGUUGAGGAGGGGAAUGAAAAUGUGCCCAGAACCUCUAGAUUACGACGACUGAAGAGGUCCUGAGGGGGAGAGACGGGCUGCAGUAAAGAUGCCUGACGCCACAGAGAUAGAGAUGAUAUUGUGUCAGGCUGCAUGUUUACCCCAUGCAGUCUCCUCAGAUGACUUAUAUUUGUACAUGUGUCACAUCUUGCUCCAAUAUCUGUUACUUUCACAUGUGCUUCACAGACAGCACACACAUACACACAGAUCAAAUGCCGAACACAGCAUUUGAGUUACGCUUUGUCAAAUACUUGAAACAGACUUUGCCUCCACCCAUAAGUAGUGGUGGUCAAGAAAGGCUCGCAAAUGAAAGUCAAAAACCUUUAAUUGGAGUGUAGAUUUGGUUGUGUGUUAAAGAUUGGGGAUUUCAGACAGGCAGGAGCCGCGCAGUACGUCAUGGCUCUCCGUCUGAAACACUGGCUCCUACGUGUCUGAAAAGUGUCCAGUUUCCCCCGCCGAAGCUCUGGUGUGAUUGAUUGCUAUUUCCAGUUUUAUUUCAUCACUCUCUUCACAAAAACGUCUCUUUUGCAGUUAGAUUUCAUUCAUAUGCAAUUUGCUCGGUGCUUAGUUGCUAAGCACCUGAAAUCCAUCUUUAAAUUUGAGGGGUUUAAGCAGCUUUCGUACUGAACUGGAAUCAAAUGUGUGUGUGGUUAUAUGAUGAGUAUUGAAGCAUAAGUGGUUUUAUAUGGGACGACCAGAGAAUAUUACACACAGGUUCAAAUGUUGCCUCUGUCGUCGCCCCAACGCUCAUCAGGCCAUCAGUUGGUGUCGUUCAGUUGGCCCAGGCCUGCAGAGAGCAUGGGGCCACCAGAGGCCAAAAGUCACUCAUAGGAUGAAACAUGAUCACAUAAUGUUGCCUUAAUACAUAACUCCUGAUUCCUUUUUAUGUUAAUGCAAAGACCUUUAUCUUGUAAAUAAACUUUUUUUUUUU